ACAAUAUUUUGGUAAUAUACGCGACGGACGAACCGAAGUACCGAACACCACACCGGAGUGCCGAUGCGAUGGUAUGUUUGAAUUUCGUUACGCCGCGUUUCAGUGUGAAAAUUUCUCUUUGUCCCACAGCGCUGCUUUCGCCGGUGCUGCUGCCACCGCUGAAAACGGGACCGCCGGACGUCCAAUAGGUACCCACCAUACCCAUCUCAUGAUAUCGGCCUAACCAUAGUAACUCAUCCGACGCUCUUGUCGCAGACGACCGUAGCACGACGUUCCGUACCGACUCUUUCUACGCGUUCCGCUGGCCGGUCGCGAAAUCCGCGACGACGCCGUAAUAAUAUUUAAUAAUAAUAUUAUAUACCUAAUGUUUUGUCAUCGUACGAUCGACCACAAUAAUAAUCAUAAAAGUUAUAAAAUAUUGGGGAUUAGCUGGUAUCUCUACACGAUAUUAAGUCGAUAGCAUAUACGUAAUAACGUUAUAACAUUAUAAUUAUAGUAAUUAAACGUUCUCGUUUUCGAAUAUCUUUAAUUUUGAACUCGGUGUAAAUUAUUACUAUCCGUACGUCGACUUUGCUCGGUAUCUCGGCCGAUAAGUUUUUCGCGAUCUCGCGUGCUCGUGCGAUUCGCGCUUUUUGUGGUGCGUGUGGUGCUGCCGCUGCGGCGCGCAUUUGCUUUAACACAGCCGUCCGGCCCUACCGGUCUCGCUCUUGCGCGUGCGUGUGUAAGUGCGUGCGUGCGUGCGUGUGUGUGUGUGUAUAUGUUGUGCACACGCGAACGCGCACAACAGGUCGUCUUCGCGUCGGCUGCUCGUCGCCGUUGUUGUCGUCGCAUUUUGUAGCGUAGACGUUUUAGCCAGGCAAGUACGGUCAGCGCAAUACCGUCCACGUUUUUUAGCCGGUCAGCAGCUGUCCACCGUCCGCGUGUCCGGACGAUACCAUAAAAUAUAAUAUUAUCGCUGUUGUUGUUGUUGUUGUCACAAUCAUCAUAAUAUUAUAACCACCGCCGAACUCGCACCAAGUCCCAGCCAUGGACCACCACCAACAGCAGCAGCAGCAACAGUUCUGCUUGCGGUGGAACAACCAUCAGAACACGUUGAUUUCGGUGUUCGACAGCCUGCUGGAGAGCGGAUCGCUGGUGGACUGCGCCCUGGCCGCCGAGGGACAGUGCAUGAACGCGCACAAAGUCGUCCUGUCCGCCUGCAGCCCCUAUUUCGCGAUGCUGUUAAAUCAACAUUUUGACAAAUAUCCGGUGCUUAUACUUAAAGAUGUAACUUAUCAAGAAUUACGGUCUAUGAUGGACUAUAUGUACCGCGGUGAAGUGAACAUUACCCAAGAACAACUUGGCUCAUUCCUGAAAGCAGCUGAAUCGUUGCAAAUUAAAGGACUGACUGAAAGUAGUGGUCGAUCUGAUCGAAAACUAGAUUCUCGAAAAAAUGCAACCAGAAAUAUUUCACCUGGUCUGCCAAAAAAGUCUGUUACACCUAAAGUUACUGAUGGUGCUUUUGAUCCAUCCAUGACUGUCCCACCACCACUGCCACCCCCAACACUUAUUGCACCUCCUAUACCAAAUAUAAAACGACGUAAAUUAGUACAACCAGUGAAAAACUUUAGUAGUCUUGUUGUGUCACCAGUUAAUCCGAGUCGUACUAAUGCUAAUAGUUUAGAUGUUAACAAUACACCAAAUCCCACUGCACCCAGUUUAGCUGGCGAAGGCAAGGCGAACAUACCAUCUCCUCCAGUCAUUCCUAAACCUGUGGUGGAAUCUGCAAAUGUUCAAGCCGACGAAGAUAAUCCAGAGAAAAAGUCCGAAGUCAAUGGUUUAAUAGUUGAAGAUAAAGAAGAAAAGUACUGGCCUUCUAGUGGCUCAAUAAGCGAUAUUAAACUUGAGAAAACUGAUACAGAAGAAGAAGCUAGUGAAAGUGAAAAUAAUCUUCAUAAUGAUAUGUGCACGACAAGCGCGACUGCUAAAUUAGACUUAUCAUCGUCACAAAUCAGCAUGACAAAUUUUCGGCCUGAAGAAGGUAUGGAACUUACUGAAUACGGAGGCAUGAACAUACCACCAAACAUGCAGGAUCAAGGUUCUUUAUGGUGGAAAAACUUUGAACAAAACUCCAAAUAUGUGCGUACAACUCAAGCAAAUCCAUUCAGUUGUCAGCAUUGCGGCAAGAGAUACCGAUGGAAGAGUACAUUGAAACGUCAUGAAGUAUUUGAAUGUGGAGGGAAAGAGCCAGUUCAUCGUUGUCCUCAUUGUGAAUAUCGCGCCAAACAGAGUGGUAAUCUAAGGGUGCACAUACGCAAGUACCACACAGCGUUAGAGUAAGUUCCUAGAUGCGUGACAACAUCCAAUGUAAAAGUUUUGAGUAGUUGAGGCUCUCUAACUUUUUUACUUUUAAUUUUUUUUUAUUAUUAUUAUUAAACAAACCUUCAUAUUUGCUCAUUGUUGUGAUUUCAUGGAAACUUCAUUGAUCAGGGUUCAGUAUUAGCUUCCAAUUUUAUUGAAUGAAAUGAAACAAUUAUUUUCCUAAUUCGUUUGAACAAAUAAUUUUAAGGCUCAAUAUCAAUUCGAGUUGACUCUAUUGAUUUUAUUAUAAUUACAGUUAUUAAUUAUUAUCCAUUGUAUAUUGUAUAAUGUCCAAAAAUAUUUUUAAACACGAUGACUUAAUAUUGUUUCCUAAACAUUGGAAUUUUUAUAUGAAUAAUGUUGUCCUCAUUAUAUGACCAAAUGUUUUUGAAACUGUGUUUUUAUGUAAAAUGUUAUAUGCAUGUGUCUUAUGUUAAGUUGUAUUUUUUUUCUUAUGUAAUUGUAGGACAGUGUGCGUAUUAUUUUAUAUAAUAUUAAUAUUAUGUAUGCAGUAUUUAAGGAUUAACCGCGACACUUGUUCCUAAAAUAUAUAUAAAAUUAAAUGAUAAUCAUCUUAACUUACAUGUAUGUUUAUUCUCUAGUAUUAAUUAUUUUUAUAAGUUAUAGUACUUAAGCGAAUUUAUCAUUAUAUAAUUACGAAUUUCAAAGCUCAUGAAUUGUUUAACGCUAUGUGAUAAAAUGUUUUUUUCUUUUUGUAUCAAUGUUUUAUUAUGUAUUUUUUUUACGGAUAUACCUCACUGUGAGCUUCCAAAGUGCCUUAUGAACAUGUGAUUAUUGAAUUUUUACUUAAACUACAGCAUUCAGAUUAUACUCUCGUUUCUAAAACUGUAUGUACAACUAGUGUCUUCCAAAUGUUUGUUGUAUUUUCAGAUGUACCUACAAGUUUUAUUUUUUUGUAAAAUUUUUUUUUACAUGUGCUUUGUUAUAUGUUAGGUUUGUAUUUUUAUAUGAUGGUUAAAACUAGUUGUCAGUAAA